AGCGGUGCCCCCAGCCCAGCAGAGCCGACACCAUGCCCAAGUGCCCCCGCUGUCAGAAGGAGGUCUAUUUCGCUGAGAAAGUGACUUCUCUGGGGAAGGAUUGGCACCGGCCCUGCUUGAGAUGCGAGAAGUGUAACAAGACCCUGACAUCUGGAGGCCACGCAGAGCAUGAUGGCAAGCCAUACUGCAACCACCCCUGCUAUGCUGCCUUGUUCGGGCCCAAAGGGUUUGGCCGGGGAGGAGCUGAGAGCCACACAUUCAAAUAAACCUCAGGUCUGAUGGCCAAGGUUCCCAGCACAGCCUGAAGACAGCACAAAGGCACUGCAGCAGACAUGCAUUUCUGUUUUUAAUUCACUCUGUACUAGACUAGCAUGUUAAAAGCAAUAAGUAACCAAGGCUAGGGCUGGUGUGGAGAGGAGCUCAGCUCCAGAUGGAGUGCUGCUGGGGUCGGGGUUUUGGGACACCCCCCUGGGUAGGAAAUUUGGCCAAUAUUGCUGAAGACCACCUGGAGAGGAGAGUGCACCCCUCCAGCCAAAACCCAGCCCUGCUUCUGGCACCCAGCUCUUGUGGCUGGGCCCACAGUUGUAUUCUCAAUCUUUAAUAAAUCCAGACUUAAAGAUGCUUCCCCCA